UCGAAAAUGCUUGGGACGCUUUGUGAUAGAUGAGGCACAUUGUGUUAGUCAGUGGGGUCAUGAUUUUCGUCCCGAUUACAAGGAAUUGGGUAAAAUAAAAAAAGAUUAUCCCGGUGUGCCAGUGAUGGCUCUUACCGCAACAGCAACCACUAGAGUCAAGGCAGACGUGAGGAAUAGUCUAUCCAUACCAAAUUGCAAAGUAUUUUCAACGGGCUUCAACAGGAAGAACCUUAAAUACGAGGUUCGAAAGAAGAAUGUCAAUAAUGUCGAGCAGCAAAUUUAUCAAUUCAUACAAGAGACAAAUAAUAGGGAAAAAACCGGAAUCAUCUAUUGCAUUUCGAAAGCUUCUUGCGAAGAUGUUGCGAGAGAACUUGUUAGAGUUGGAUUAAAGGCCGCUUAUUAUCAUGCUGGCAUGGAUAAACGAGAUAGACAACGGAUACAAGAAGAUUGGCACUCCAACAAGAUUCAUAUCAUUGUGGCAACCACUGCGUUUGGAAUGGGAAUCGACAAGCCGGACGUUCGAUAUGUGAUCCAUCAUUCUCUACCGCAGUCUUUAGAGGGAUACUAUCAAGAGACCGGUCGUGCCGGAAGAGACGGGAUUGAUUCAAUAUGCGUAUUAUUCUACUCUUAUACGGACAAAUUCUCUAUCGAAAAACUGAUUGACGGAGGAGAGGGAAACACCGAACAAAAAAAACAGCAAAGAGAAAACUUGAAAGAGAUGAUCAGGUAUUGCGAGAAUAUUGUCGAUUGUCGUCGUGAAUUGGUUUUGCGAUACUUUGGAGAAAACUUUCGAAAUUCCGAAUGUCAGAGGGGAUGUGACAACU